GCUGAUGCAGUCACGGGAACAGGUUUCAGAAGAGCUGGUGAGGUUACAGAAAGAUAAUGACAGCCUCCAGGGAAAGCAUAGCUUGCAUGUUUCAUUACAGCAAGCGGAAGACUUCAUCCUCCCAGACACUCUCGAGGCACUUCGGGAGUUGGUAUUAAAAUACCGUGAGAACAUCAUUAAUGUGCGGACAGCAGCGGACCACAUGGAAGAAAAACUGAAGGCUGAAAUACUUUUCCUAAAAGAGCAGAUUCAAGCAGAACAGUGUUUAAAAGAAAACCUUGAAGAAACUCUGCAGCUAGAAAUAGAAAACUGCAAGGAGGAAAUAGCUUCCAUUUCUAGCCUAAAAGCUGAAUUAGAAAGAAUAAAAGUAGAAAAGGGACAGUUGGAGUCCACAUUUAAAGAGAAGUCUCAACAGCUUGAGAGUCUUCAGGAGAUAAAGAUCACUUUGGAAGAACAGUUAAAGAAAGAGACUGCUGCUAAGGUGAUAUUUUUGUUGGUUAUUUUAUUUAAAAAGCACGGCUAAGAAUGUAGGAUCACAUCCUACCUAUUUUAAAAAAAACAAU